ACUUUGAAAUCGGUUACUUAUACCUGUUGACUCUCAGGCCCACCAUCUGUUUCAAUCGCAGACGACAAAUCACUGAUAAAUUAUCAUAUUUUCUGUGGUUGUGGUUGGACAACGAGAUUGACCAUGGCAAAAGGUAAAGGUCAUAAGCGUGGCAGGAAAGCUAAGAAGGGUACUGAUCUUGCAAAUGUAUCAUCACCCCAGCAUAGCUCAGAGAAGAUUACAAAAUAUAUGUCAAGUCCUACAGCCAAUUCAGGAGCUUCUACUACAAUGGUUUUUGUUGAUAAAGACAGAUCUUCCCCAGUACAAAAGGAUCUGCUAUCAGGCCUUAUUACACCAGAAAGUACCCCUACUAAGUCACCCGAUGCCUAUGAUCAGGACAACUCCCCAUCCCCUAAUAGUACACUGGUCUACCCAUUGGAGUCUGAUUCUCCUGCAGGAGCCAUAGCAGGAGCAGAUGGAGGAGGAGAUGCAUCCACACAAGUAGCAAGAGCUUCCAGGAUAGUUCAUUGUAAGACUGAGGGAGAUGUGCAAGCAACUGAAGUGCUUGAUACACCUACCAGACACAAGAUGCAGUUAAAUAAAGGAAGUCAUAGAACCGUGAAGACACGUAAGAAUGCUGAUGUUCCUCGGUCACUCAACGGUCAUCUUGAAGAUAAAGCCAGCCCAAAGAAUGCUCCUAAGGGCCAGGCUAAAGGAAGGAAGAAAGGAAAGUCAGCUGUAGAUUGCAACAAUAGUGGCAAACCCUCAUCAAAAACAAAGAGUGGACCAGUCAUGAAGACAUUGACAGAUUUCUUUCCUGUUAGGAGGAGUGAUAGAAGAUGUAAAUCAGUUGUAGAUGCUGAAAGGAAAAUGGAACUUGAAGAGGCUAUCUUAUCACAAAGAGAGGAAGGCAUCAAGGUUGAAGAGAUUACCGGUAAGGGUAGAGGUGUUAUAUCUACCAAACCGUUCAGAAGAGGUGACUUUGUAGUGGAGUACUAUGGUGAUCUCAUUGACAUCAAAACUGCUAAGGAUAGAGAGCAGAAAUACAAGGCUGAUCCAAACAUUGGCUGCUACAUGUACUACUUUGAACACAGGAAUAGAAGUUAUUGUGUGGAUGCUACGUCAGAGUCUGGUCGUCUUGGUCGACUUCUUAACCACAGCCGUCAAGGAAAUUGCUGCACAAAAUUAGUUGACAUUGAUGGGCGCCCUCAUCUUAUCUUAAUUGCCAAACGAGACAUUGGUGUCAAUGAGGAGUUAUUAUAUGAUUAUGGAGACAGGAACAAAGAGACAAUUGAGUCACAUCCUUGGCUGGUUUUAUGAUCCUCAAUCAUUGAAGAUACUUCAAUUCCAUCAUUGAACUCUUGUGCCAAUAAACAUGGAAACUCCUAUGGAUUUUGCUAUUAUUGUUGCUGAAAUUAUUAAUUUCAUUAGACUCUUAUGUGGGCAGUGACUCUCGGUGAACCAGAGUAGUAUUUUAUAACUCAAUAGCAAUUUUCAAAAAAAUGUUUUGUUCUUCAGGAAAAUAGUGUAUGUCUGAAUUUGAUUGAGUUGGUCUCCAUCGAAUGCAACGGUGGCAUUUGAAAUGAAAUAUGACUUGAUUGAAUGUGUUCACCAGUUUUUGUCUCUAUUUCCAACGAAAGACCUAUAUUGUGAAACUUGGACAUCAGGGUAAUCAAGUAUCUCUUAUGGUCUUGCACAAGUCGUAGGUCACAUGAUCAAGAUCAAACUUCAUUUAUGGUCAAUAAAAAUGUCAUCAUAUGAAUGUUUUUGUGAAUAGUUAUUCAUUGUUUUCGAAGUAAGCACUGCUGCACUAUUGAAUCGCAAAUGCAGGCAAGACUGCCAGAGGCUUUGAAGUUGUCUGUAUUUUUUGUUCAAAGUUUAUCUCAGUAGAAUUAUAGCCCAUGAUAACCUUAUCAAAAUAUUGUUACCUCUAACCAAGAAGCUCAAGUAUAAAUGUUCAGUGUGGUUUAAAUGCCAUCUUCAUCUUAAUCCAUUAGUUACUAAAUCUGCAUAUAUUUUGCCUGAGGUCUUUGGAAAUGUGCACAAAAUAACUUAAAACAGCUUAAAUCUAAUUUAUCUUGGUUCCUUACUAGAUGUACACUAGAAAAAUAGGUAGGUAACACUUUGGCGACUAAAAAAAUCUCUUGCACAGAUGCAGGAGUAAAAUGACGCUCAAGAAAUUAUGCAGAAUUGGAAUUGUUUUUUUUUUAUUUGCAUGGCAUCCUGUUGCUUUAAAAACUAUGUUAAAAAAUCCCAGUUGUUAGAAUUCUGUUGAAAUGAUUGAGGAAACUAUUUUAUAAUCAAUGUCACGCCAAUACUGGGAUAUACAUAUUUUUUGUCUUCUAGGUAUAUGAUUUUUUAAGAGGAAAAUGUAAGUGUUUAUUAUCUUUUUUUAUAUUUGUUUUUGUUGGUGCUACUGCUAAUUGAUUUAAUAUAUUUUUCUGUGGAAUACUGGAUGUUUAUUACUUGUGUAAGUUUUAGGACCAUAGUUGUGCUCAUGUUAAGCCCUGCACUCGCUACACAAUCUGUUGUGAUUUGGUUCUAGGUUAAAAAAAAAAAUAAUGUAGCAUUUGAAAUGACCAUUCUAACAUAAAAU